GGAUUUCCUCCCGGGGCUGAGGAUUUCCUCCCGGGGCUGAGGGGAGGAAGGGAGCGAGCGGACGGGGCAGCUCCACUCGCCGGCCCCGCCCGGCCCGAGCCCGUCCCCGGCGCCCGCCGGUUGCCGCCUCCGCCCGCCCGGAGCGGCUCUCGCCUUCCCUGCUGGCGAGCGGCUGGAUUAAGUGGCUUUCCCCGCCGCCGGGUGGGUGUUUUGCCGAGGGGAACUCUGCGGUGGGAACGCGGGCACGGCCAGAUCCAAAGCCAAAUAUGGCACUUGGACACUGUGAAGCAGAUGAGAUUUGUGAGUGUUAUUGCUGAGCAGAAAAGUGCCCUUGGUGGUGACUCCCUAUUAGGAUCCAGGGUGAUGGAGCAAAGGGACCAAAGCGUGUCAACUCUAAUCGCAGAGUAUGAUAAACACUUGGAGGAAAUGAAAGAACAGCUGCAGCUUUAUCAGGUACAAAUGAGCGAGAUGAGGCUAAAAUUGGAAGAAGUCACCAAGGAAAAUGAAAGGCUGCAUGCAGAGUUGAAAGAGGUUCUUGAGAAGCAACUGGAGGCUCUUCCUUCCAUGCAUCUGGAAACUGAUAUUCCUUCAGAUGAGGUUGUAGUGAGAAACCUUCAAGAACAACUACGACUGGCAAAGCAAGAAAAAGGACAAGCAGUUGAGCUCUGGCAGACGUUGUUACAGGACCGCGAUCGACUUCAGCAGCAGUACCAGGAAUGCCUGACUGAAACGCAGAUUCACGCCACUGAAAGGAAAAGGCUGCAUGAUCAACUGACUAGCUGUCAACAGUCAAUUCGACAACUACACAUGGCCAAUAAGAAAAUGGAGUUGACCAAUCAACAGUUUCUGAGAACUGUGACAGAACAGAACGUGGAACUAGAGCAGCUGCGACAAAAACUGAGGCAAGCCAAAAUAGAUGGGCAGGCAGCAAAUGCUAAGCUUGAGGAAAUGACCAAAUUGAAAGAGAAGCUUCACAGCCAAUUGGAGAGAAAGGAAGGAGACAUGGUAUCUGCUCGGGAAAGAGAAACAGCAUCUGACAAACGCUUGCUGCAAAUGCAGUCUAGUUUAAAACAAUUAGAAACCAGAUUACUUGUUACUGUCCAAGAGGCUGAACAGCUGAGAACAGAAAGAGCAGCCCUGGAGGAGCAAAUCAAAGAGCUUCAGGCCAAGGCUGCUAAUCUAGAAAGUGAGAAGUAUGAUGCUGUUGUAAAAGUCCAAGACUGCAUACAGCUCUUGGAAGAAGCUAACUUGGAAAAAAAUCAGGCACUCUUUGGGGAGAAACAAAAGGAAGAGGAGAUCAAAAAAAUGAAAGAUGAAAUGUCUCAACUUGCAGAAGAUAUUGCUGCAAGAAUUAGAAAGGCAGUAAACACUGCAAAGAAGCAAUGUAAUGUGCAGGUUUCUCGGCUAACAGAAGAAAUUUCGGCUCUUCAGAUGGAAUGUGGAGAAAAACAGAGUGAAAUUGAACGAGCCAUUAGAGAGAAGAGAGCAGUGGAAGAAGAACUUGAAAAGAUUUUGAGGGAAGACAGAGGGCAUGAAUCUGACAGUAGAAAACUAGAGCAGCUGUAUCAGAAGUACUUACUUGCAGAAGCUGCAAAAGAUGACCUUCAGCUAAGUCUACAGACAACACAAAAUAAACUGAAACAACUGGAAAUUAACUCUGAGGAAGAGAAAUCUCGUUGCCAGGAAGCUGUCUGUAAAUUGCAAAGCAUUCUGGAUUCAGAACGAGAGAAGAGUGCCUUUGUCAGUGAGCAAAGACUAAAGCUUCAGCAAGAGAAUGAACAAUUGCAAAAAGAAAUAGAGGGUUUGAGAAAAAUGGCAAUAGAGGCUCAACAAAAAGCUAAAAUAAAGAUAAGCACAAUGGAGCACGAGCAUGCUGUGAAAGAGCAUGGGUAUGAAGCUCGACUCAAGGAGAUGGAAGACACCAGUCACAAGUCCACGUCUGAACUCCGAUGUCUGUUGGUAGCUCAGCAAAAAGCAACCAACCGGUGGAAAGAAGAAACAAAAAAUCUUACUGAAACUGCAGAAGCCAGGAUCAGAAAGCUGAAAAGUGAGCUGUGUCAACAAAAACUUCGUAGCCAGGAGCUCAUUUCCCAGCUGGAAAAAGCAAAUGAGAAGGUUACUGAGGAUGAGACAUAUAAAGAUGGAAUAUCGUGAAUACAUCGACAGGCUCCAAAGACGACUGAGCCAGGCGGAACAGAGGGCAGCCACAGCGUCUCAACAGGAGAGAAUAAGUGGGCAUAGCUGCCAAGCUGUCAUAACAUAAGCUGUGGUUCCUGGCUCUAAAUGCUCUCUGUCAUGACAAGGUCUACUCAGCUGCUGAAGAUUUGCUCUGAAAGACUCAGCCUGAUAACUACACAGAAUAAAAAAGCUGCUUCCCUGAAGGAUCUGGAAAAUAUUUAAACAUAUGUAUAUUGCUCAUUCACCACACUGGAGUUGAGAAGAUUGCUGGAGAAACUUCGUAUUGGAGCACUAAAGUAAAACGCACAACAAGGCUUGUACAACUUAAGCAUUUUCUGGUUUAUUCCGGUAAGAAAGGGAAUGGAUGAAGGUCCUGUCUCUGUAUGCACAAUAAAGAUUGGAAGAAGAAUGCA